GACCUACCCCUGCUAGUCGCGCGCCUCGCUUCAACCCGUAACAACGUAGUCGCGGAUACCCCUUGACGCAACGACGAGCCUCCUCCAGGAACACCAUCAUCCGGCAUCCCUCAUAAAAGCUGCCCUGCCAGGCAAUCGCCUUCCGCAAUGCCUUCAACAGCACCCCCCACCGCCGUUGCGAAACCCCCACCAUCCCCAGCAGCCCCCGCGACGCCCGCCCCAACCUCAACCUCCCUUCCACCAACAACAGCGAUCUACAAGCUCAACACGACCCUCUCCCACGUUUAUACGCACGUCCACACCCCUCUCCUCCUCUCGACCGUCUUCUUCAGCCUGCCCUGUCUCGUCGCCGACCCUAUAACCUCCCUCACCUAUGGCGCGGCGGGGCUCGCCCUCAUCCAGAGCGCAUACUGCGCCAUCUGCCUGCAACCCGCCCUCGGUGGCACAGCUACAAAGAAGAAGAAGAAGAAGAAGACAAAAGCCAAGGCUGGACCGCCGGGGAUACAAGCCAAGAAGGAGGAGGAUAAUGGGUGGACCGGUCCUGCGCUUGAUAUUGCCUACCGCCUCGCUUUCUCCCUCAUCCUCACAAUCCUUUUCGCCGCCCCCGUCUUCCUAGCCGCCAUCCUCCUCGGCGCACCACUGACCACGCACCUCCCACACACCACCCUCCUGACCCUCCACAUCGCCCUCCUCGCCCUCUUCCCGCUCUUGUACGCCCGCCCCCUGUCAUCCAGACACUGGCUUGAGAUACUGUCCUUCACCGCGCCGCUGGAUGAGGUCUUUGGCGCUGCGGCUGGCACACUGAUUGGUUCGUGGCUCGGCGCGAUUCCUAUCCCGCUGGAUUGGGAUAGGCCGUGGCAGACGUGGCCGAUUACUAUUGCGGUGGGCGCGUAUGUGGGGUGGGGGAUUGGAAGGCAGGCUGGUGUGUUGGUUGCUGGGAGGUGGAGGGGGAAGUGGGACUGAGGAGAUGUGGGAAGUCAUGAGAAGUGUUGAGAGAAGUUCUCUUACUACAGAUGGCGCACACGGGCGUUUGGUCUCACAAGUCUCUGGUAUGCCGUCCUUUAUAAUUUCAAAGGGGGGUACGGAAGAGGUUCGGAUUCGGCCCAGAAAAAGCACACAGCAAUGUCCACGAGAGCAUUUCGAUGAGUUGUGGGAAGCCCCGCGGUGUGGGGAGCUUAGAAUUUUGUAUAUAUGUAAUGCAUGGAUUGUAUUCACCC